AUGCGGAGGAGCAACCGCACGACGGAGGCGCAGGCGGCGCUCACCGUGUCACCCGACUGGCUGCAGCAGACCGCCGACGCCAUUGCCGGGCGCAACGGCAUUCUUCUGACGGACUGCGUCACCCUGGCGGAGGAGGGCUCAGUAACAGAGCCGCCGAGCGCCGUGGUGCUUGCAAACAUCGAGGCGGCGGUGGAGGGCCUCCGCCGCACUCUCGAAGAGCGUGUGGAGGCGUCGCACGCGGGGUUACGCGGUGAUCGCGCGGAAGACGUGAAGGAGCGGCAGCUGUACGUCGACGUCAUGGUGCGCCUCGCCGUCACGGUAGCCCUCGCCCGUUCCUACUGCCCGGAGCUGCAGAGCAGACACAACGGCGGCGACGGCCCGGAGAGCGGGGGCGAGAGGCUACCGCAGCGGUACUACGACACCCUUGCGCGGGGUAUGCUGCACGUGUUUGAGGCGUUUCAAGAGGUGCAUUCGAUGCAGCGUGGCCACUACACGGCGCGGCGGCGCGGCGGCAGCACCAUCGGCACAGUCGGCUGGGACACACUGCUGCUGCUCCACUUUGUCCACCGCAUCCCGCGCGUCGCACGCGACGCCAGCGAGCACGUCAUUGACGAAGCCACUGGCCAAAUUGUGCGGAGCUGGCGCAAGCUGCUGCAGUCAUUGCAGGCAGCGGACCCCCAGGAGCCCCCCGAGCACUCCCGACGCCGCGGCGCCCUUGCGGUCUGCAACGGUUUGCUGAGCAUCCUCUUUCACCACUACAACACGCACCAGUGUCGCAUCCUCCUCAACGCGGUGGCGCAGUCGGAGAAGGCGGCCGAGUCCACGCAGGACUGGGGCAAAUCCAUCCUGCGACCCGCGCAGCAUAUGACCGCGGAGGUAGUGAACUUCUGCUACUACAAGGGCCGCAUCAUGCUGUACGAUCACCGCUUCGCCGAGGCCUACGCAGCGUUGCGGGAGGCGUACUACCUCCUCCCGCCCCCGGGCGAGGGCACGGAGGUACAACAACGAAACAAGCAGCGCGUCCGCUUCUACCUCACCGUUGCCGGCGUCGUGCACGGCCGGGUUGUGCCGGAGGAAAUCCUGUGCACGGACGACCUCAUCGCGUUCGUCUUCAUGCCUAUUCUAGCGGCGGUGCAGCGCGGCGACCCGGAGGCCUUCGCCAACGCCGUCGACGCGUUUGGUACGCUGCUCCGCAAGCGCGGGGUGUUCUUCCUCCUGCAGCAGGCGAAGCUGUACUGCUUCCUCGUGCUGCUCGCCCGCACCCACGCCGCCCUUGGCGCCUGCGGCGUCGACAAUAGCCGCGUCCCGCUGCCGGUCCUCACGGCGGCGUACGCCCACGUGGUGGAGGAGGGGCACGCCGCCGCCGCCGCAUCCGCGACGAAGCCGAAGCGGCCCAAACGCCACCGCGACGACGGCGACACGCUCAGCACGGCGGCCGCCAUGACGGACGACAAGAUGACGUGGUGGACGGCGAAGCUCAUUGCCGCCGACCUCGUCCGGGGGUAUAUCUCGUACGAGCACAAAACCAUCGUGUUGUCGAGGCAGGUCCCCUUCCCCACGCUGGGGACACCGCUGCCGCCGCCAUAG